AUGCCAACCCCCACUCCCACCCCCCACCCCUUCUUCCUGCUUUUCCUGCUCCUCUUCAUCGUCACCCCCGCCACCCCCAUUCCAGCCCGCCCAAAACACACAGGAAAGAAAUGGUGCAAGAUCCCAGAAGAGUUCUGCACCACGCAUGACGAUGGCGGCGAAAGAGCAUGCUACAUGCCCCUCGGCAUGCGCUGCGAGAGGUCCGGUGAGAUUGUGGAUGUGACGGAGACUAUUGUGGAGACUGUGAUGGUUACGAUGCCGUAUGAUGGUGCGGUGGAGACGCAGGAGGGGUAUUGGGGGUAUGAUAUUGAUAUGGAUGGGCAUGGUCAUGGGAGCCCGAUGAAGAUUGCUGGGGAUGCGUCACGAAAUAAAUCAAAAAGAGCAAUAGACACAGAAUCCACAAAGCCUCAUCUCGACGCCGACGAGCCGUUACUGCCACGUGCAGCCGAAACCUUCACCUCCAGGUUCGAUUUCACGACGAAGGCACCAGUAGCGGUGUUUCGUGAAUUCAUGGGUGAUUUUGCUGCCCAGGCUAGUGCUACGGCGAGGCCUGCAGUGGAGUUUGAGAGGCUUCCGGAGUUGGUGAUUGAGGAUAUCAAUGGGCAUGGGGAUGAUAUGCUGUCUCAUGGGGGUUUUAAGAGAUUUAUAAUGGGGGAGGACGAGCCGUAUGGAGACGAUGAACAUGAUGAGGGUUAUUAUAGUGAUAAUGAUGGUGAUGGUGAUGAUCAUGAUGGUGAUGGUGGUGAGACCCCCAUCCCCCUCCCUCCCAAAACCAUCUGGGCCAACAAACCCAUCCUCGAGGUCAGCUGCGUCGUGCGCACCCGCCUCCUCUGGGACGACUUCAAGAUCACCUGGGGCCCCGCCUGGAAGGAUGACACGGGGUGCAGGCGCCUCUUCACCGCCAUGGACAAGCGCGGCCUCGUCACGGGCUACAAGUGCGGCCAGUUUGCGGACCCCGCGACGAACUCGCUCCAUAUGGAGGCGAGAGGUCAUAGGCCGAGGUUUCCGAAGAGUCUGGUGGCGGAUGCGAUUAGAGAGGGGUUUGGGAAUGAGAAUACGCUUUAUUAUCGCGGGUAUGAGAAUGCGUUGCUGUGUGAGAGGGGUAAGAAUGGGUGGUUUUCGAAGACGUGA